AAAAACUUUUUGAUGACCGUGGCUCGGCCGCUCUUGCAGAAUAUUUGUCGAAUCGUCCGAAUGGAAUGGUUAUACAUAAUAUCAAGAAAAAAACACAACACGUAAUCACAUUACUCUAUAUUUGUCGAUGCAUGGUCGCCGCAAUGUGGACCUGGCGAAUUAAUCCCGAUAAUGCAGCAAUCCCAUAUCUGACUGCUUUUGGAGACGUUUUAGGCUCUCUACUUUUAUUUCUUGUGUUCCUUUUCCUCGACAAGCUACACAUUUAAAA